CCUCCGCGGCGCCAUUUUGGCGCGGGCUCCGGCGGGCGCGGCGGCAAGGCCGGAGCAGCGGCGCGAGAGCCCCGCCCGCCAUGAUGUCAUCGCCGCCACCGCCGCCGCCGCCCUCCUCGUCCUCGUCGGGGCCCUCGGGGCGCCGCUUCGACGCGUCGGACCGGUCGGCGUGGUACGCGGGCCCCCUGUCGCGCGCGGAGGCGCAGGGCCGGCUGCAGGGCCAGCGGCACGGGACCUUCCUGGUGCGCGACUCGUCCACCUGCCCCGGCGACUACGUGCUGUCGGUGUCGGAGAACGCGCGCGUCUCCCACUACAUCAUCAACUCCCUGCCCGGGCGGCGCUUCAAGAUCGGCGACCAGGAGUUCGACCACCUGCCGGCCCUGCUGGACUUCUACAAGGUCCACUACCUGGACACCACCACCCUGCUGGAGCCCGCGCCCAGGUACCCGCUGAUGGGUUCUGGUACCGGCUCUGGUGCAUCGGCUGCAGAGGAGAAUGUGGAAUAUGUUCGGACUCUUUAUGACUUUCCUGGUAACGAUGCGGAGGAUCUACCAUUUAAAAAGGGGGAGAUACUCGUCAUCGUAGAAAAGCCCGAAGACCAGUGGUGGAGUGCCAGAAACAAAGACGGGCGCAUUGGGAUGAUCCCUGUCCCUUACGUUGAGAAGCUUGUGAGAUCGUCUCCUCAUGGGAAGCAUGGUGGCAGGAAUUCCAAUAGCUAUGGGAUCCCCGAGCCCGCCCAUGCCUACGCUCAGCCUCAGACCUCCAGCCCUCUUCCCGGUGCCACCCACACUCCCGGAGCGGUCAUCAACCCCUUGCCUUCAACCCAGAAUGGACCAGUCUAUGCCAAAGCCAUUCAGAAGAGGGUUCCCUGUGCUUAUGACAAGACUGCCUUGGCGUUAGAGGUAAGCCGUUCAGCCGGAGCAGCAUCCGUGCAGCUUAGAUCAGUUCCCUCGUCCCAUUGGAAGGGCUUGUCUCAAAACUAUUUGUCCCAAAUAGUUUUGUCCUCUCCGCGCUCUCGUUUCAUGGACUGAUCCAUCAUUAAAUGUUCCAAUCUCACCUCCCACGGUCACUUUUAAAUGUGGAGCCCCUGGUAAAACUCGGUGCCCCUUUGUGAUCAGGCUUGGCGUGCAGCUGACAUACAG